ACAAUUUCCCUAAAACUCGCUUCCCCCCCUCCUGUUUAACUCUCUGCUGCUUCCCUCUGCUGCUUGCUAGUUAUGUAACUUUAAACAUUUAUUCGGGACUGUUUCGGUGUGUUCUGGUCAGCGGUUGCUGCCAGGAGAUGGAUCACGUUCUCCUGUGAGAAGCUGCUGCUGCUGCUCUCCUGGCUGCCUGCGUCCCGCUAUGGCGUCCGUGUAUAGCGGGUCCCAUACCUUGAGCAAGGAUGAUGUGAACUACAGAAUGCAUUUCCGAAUGAUAAACGAGCAGCAGGUUGAAGAUAUCACCAUAGAGUUCUUCUACCGGCCGCACACCAUCACGCUGCUGACAUGCACCGUGCUCAGUCUCAUGUAUUUCGCGUUUACAAGAGAUGAUGGAAAUCCAGACAGUAACCUCUGGGUGGGGCUCAUUCUGGUCAUCUCCUUCUUCCUUGUCAUCAGUGUUUUGGCAUUUCCUAAUGGUCCAUUCACAAGACCUCAUCCAGCAAUAUGGCGAAUAGUUUUUGGUCUGAGUGUCCUCUACUUCCUGUUCCUGGUUUUCAUCAUCUUCCUCAACUGGCAGCAGGUGAAGCAACUCAUGUACUGGCUGGAUCCAAAUCUGCGCUAUGCCAAGAGGGAGGCAGACAUAAUGGAAUAUGCUGUGAACUGCCAUGUCAUCACUUGGGAGAGAAUCCUGAGCCAUUUUGACAUUUUCGCGUUCAGCCAUUUCUGGGGCUGGGGGAUGAAGGCCCUUCUCAUUCGAAGCUAUGGCCUAUGUUGGACCAUCAGUAUUACCUGGGAGCUUACUGAGCUUUUCUUCAUGCAUCUGUUGCCUAACUUUGCUGAGUGCUGGUGGGACCAAGUGAUUCUGGACAUUCUGCUGUGUAAUGGAGGGGGAAUCUGGCUUGGCAUGACUGUCUGCCGCUUUUUGGAGAUGAGGACCUACCACUGGGCCAGUAUUAAGGACAUCCACACCACCACGGGGAAGAUCAAGCGAGCCGUGCUGCAGUUCACUCCUGCGAGCUGGACUUACGUGCGCUGGCUUGACCCAAAGUCUUCCCUGCAGCGAGUCAUGGGCGUCUAUCUGUUCAUGAUCAUCUGGCAGCUAACAGAGUUGAACACAUUCUUCCUCAAACACAUUUUCAUUUUUCCCGCGAGCCACGCUCUGAGCUGGUGUCGAAUCCUGUUCGUUGGUAUCAUCACAGCUCCAACUGUCAGGCAGUAUUACGCGUACCUUACAGACACACAGUGCAAGAGAGUUGGGACCCAGUGCUGGGUGUUUGGGGCAAUAGCCUUUCUGGAGGCCUUGGCAUGUAUUAAGUUUGGACAGGACUUGUUCUCCAAAACACAGAUCCUCUACGUGAUCCUCUGGCUCUUGUGUUUGGCCUUCAUUACAUUCCUGUGUCUGUAUGGAAUGGUUUGGUAUGCAGAGACAUAUGGUCCAAGGGAAAAGAGCUUCUCAGAAUGCGAGGACAGUAAUUACACGGAGUUUGCUGACCACGUGUCCGAGGGAUUUAAAGGAGAGACAGAUGUGGACGGCGACAGCCCCACAGCCAGACGAAGAGGGAAGGGCUCAGGAAAGAGCAAAUCCAUUAACGGCCUGGACGGCCAGUAGGAACUGGUGCUGGAGGCUGUGCUGGGUGGCUCCUGAAUUCACUCCGAAGUGUGAAGGAUUACAGGUUGAGAAGGGAGGGGUGAAAGAUAAAGAAACAACCACUUCCGGCUGUAACUGAAGUCUAGAAAGGCCCCCCCUACAGCAGCGGGAGCGCAGACAACAGAGACUUAGGUGGAUGAAUGUGUCCACGCAGUGUUAUUAGAGCGCACGGUGGCUCAGACUGCAUAGACGCACACUAAAAACUCUGCGCUGUGGUUGUAAAAAAAAAAAAAAAAAAAAAGGAAAAAAAAGCUCCUAAACCACUGAUCACAGGUUUCUUUGUGUGUGAAAGAGAGUAAGGAAGAGUGGUAGUUUGCGUGAGUAUGUGUCUGGCAAUAAAAACUGCCUAUUGUAGGUGUGACUGCAUGAUCAUUGUAGCCGAAAAACUAUAAUUUACAAACAUUUAUCCUAUGAUACAGUAUCUUUAUUGGUGUACAGUUUUAACUCCAGUAUGUUGGUUCGACACAUUUCAAUGUUAAAAAGCCAUUAUGUACAAUUCAUCACUUUAAUUGGAGCCUCUAUGUUUAUAGCACAGAGAAGUCUUUUUUUUUUUUUUUAAUUUAACUAUCUGUCAUUGAUUGUCUAGUUACAUCCUAGAUGUUCACUGUUUGGUGUUUUUAACUUGAAUGUGGGCAUGACUUCGAUGCAGUACAGCUUUCGCUCGAUAGAAACAUUGACUGAGGUUUUUGUGUUUGACCUGUAACACAGCAAAGCACACAGUUGAAGCACUUUGCAGAAUGUUUUCUCUUGAAAAUACUGUACAUUUUUGUAAUGUUGCGAGUAUUUCGUGAAUCGUUGUGACCUUGAGUGAUUUUACUCUCCCCUGUCCAUCUGUGGCUGCUAUUAUUAUUAUUAUUGUUUUUUUUUUACUGUACUCAUAAGAGAGGGCAAUUAUUCAGAUUCCUGCAUGUGUCACCAGGUUCUCCAUGGUCCGUGUGUGCAGGUGGCUUUUCUUUUACCGUUCUUGUUGUUACUGCGUUUGCAUGGCUGUGUCAAAUCAAAUCUUUUAGUAGAAAAAAAGGGUUACAAGAGUAGUGAAACGAAUAUUGCACCACACAGCAGGACACCAGUAUUGUUAAGUUUCAGUCAUAGUAACAUUUUAAUUCACCCCAUGUGCCUGUUUGCAUGUCCUUUUUUUUUUUUAUCUCAGUUUGUAAUGAGACUAAAUUUGAGCUUUUUUGUGUUUGAUUCUUCUGGCCUUGAGUGCUUUAUCAAUGGUUUAUUUUCAUUUGCUCCGCCGGCAUCAUCUCAGUAUAAAUAUAUCCCUGAUAAUCGUUGACAAUCCAGACAUCGACCUCUGCGAAAAGGACCAGCCUCCAGUGCAGCAUUACACACUGUAAAUGGUACAUUGUCUCCGGAUUUAGAUGUCAUUUGACAAAAAACAAUUCAGCUAAAAAAAAAUAAAAACGACUUGUGCUGUUCUUUUUCACUGUGAAUUAAGGAAAUAUAUUAAAAAUGUUUUACAUUUCCUCUUAA